GUGAGAUGGCUAGCUUGGAAGGUUUCGAGUUCUUCGAGAUCGUAAUUAAGAAAUCUUGCAGUAGGCAGAGGCUUCCUGACAAGUUUGCAAAGAUGCUCGCCGGCCGUGAGCCCCAAAAAGUGAAGCUGCGGGAGGCCGGCAGCAGGAGUCGCAGGCUAUGGGACGUGUCUAUGGUGUUCGACGGCGAAGGCCACAUGUACCUAGGGCCUGGUUGGGAGCAUUUUGCCCGCGCCCAUGACCUGAAGCUCGGACACUUCCUUGUCUUCCGCUAUGAUUGUGACGCCAUGUUCACCGUGAAGAUGUUCGACAACACCAUGUGCUGCAUGUACUACUAGCACGACGACG